AUGACAGUGGCAGAACUCGUUAACCCCGAUCCGCGAUACUGCUUUCCUGCGAGAGUUUCAAUCAAGCACCCGCAACUUAGGGAUCUCAUACAGACAGCGGAUAACAGCUCUGUUUACUAUCCACACAAUCGAUCCAUUAUCAAGCACUAUCUUGAUGCCCCCGGUAAACCCAAAGUAAAGUCACAGCUCGGCUACUCUCCUGUCACGCUGUCCACUGGUUCUGGCCUCUUGGCUAGCGCUGGAAGCUCUGGAGAGAUCACGUUGCAAUCACUCGAUCAGGACAACAGUGGCUUUUUUGAAACCCGCUUUGGUAGUGCGAUCAACAAUCACAUCGCUUUUGCGCCCGAAUCUACAAGUUCUGUGGAACCGCGACUGCUAGUCUGUAACAAUGACAAUCUAGUAAGGAUAUUUAGGGUUGGCAUAAGGACGGAGCAGCCAGAAUUGGAUCUGGUAACCACGUUGAAAUUUAACACUGCCGUUAAUCAGGCUUCUAUUUCCCCUAAUGCACGUAUAUGCGUAGCUGUAGGCGAUACCAACGAAGUCCAUCUCUUUGAUUGUGGCAAUUCGGGGACGUUUCGCAGAGUCAAAACAUUAACGAGCGCUACGGAUGGUGGAUUUUCAACAGCUUGGUCAGCUGAUGGACUAAAAUUUGCUGUGUCAUCUCAAGAUGGGUUGUGCACAGUCUGGGAUAUUAGAAGUAGUAAGCCGCUCGAGAAAUUUUUCACUCGAAAUCAAACACCGUCAAGGGCAGUUAAGUUUACGUCAAACGCUGCCAGUAAGGAGUUAAUGGUAUUUACGGAGAGUACAAACAGUAUUCACGUGGUAGAUGCAAUGACCUUCUCACCUGUGUCACAACAGACAUUGGAUUUACCCUCUGCAGCUUCGUUAUCAACACCACCAUUUUUAUCACCUCGCUCUGAGUCUCCUUUGAACGAUGAGGAGAGUAUAAACUCGCCCGAAUUCUUCUCAACUUUCUUCCCCUCCUCGAAUACAAAUAGCAGAUCACUUCGACAGAUAUUCAAUAACUCAUAUGGCGCCACGCUGAAUAGGUUGUCGCCAAAUCAUUUACCUGGAGAGCAGCGGUAUUGCAGUGAAGUGCAAGUAGCAGGCAUUGCCUUCUCAAUGGAUGGCAGCCGGUUAUAUGCAGCUAGCGAGAACGGGGUGAUGGACUAUGAAAUCAACGGCGCAAAUACUAAGUUAUUUGAAGGAGGGGAAUUCAUGUGA